CUGGUACAAUCCGGCUGUGCAGUCAUCCACGACGUGAGCAAUCACGCUCCACUUUUCUCAGGAAGCGGCUCUCCGCCAGUCAACGCCAGUCAACAUGGGCCUCAGGACGGCACUAGACGUGGUCUUCUGUGGCUAUUUCGUCUUCCAAAUCCCCUCCACCGUGUUGUUCGACACACAGGCGCUGUUCCCGUCCUGGGUCUAUCCGCAGUGGUUGAAAAAUAUGCGGCUUUCCUACCUUAAAGAUUUCCGUGAUCCCUACAUGGCGGACCCGAGUUCUUUCCCUUGGUUCAUGGCCACGUGUGCGGUUGAGUUCUCCCUAGAAAUACCUUACUUCUUCGUUGCAGCAUAUGCAUAUUUCUAUGGUGCGCGGCGUUGCCCCUGGAUACGGCUACCGUCGUUGAUGUACAGCGUCCACACUGCAACGUCUGUCCUCGCCAUCAUCUUCACCACGUGGCUGCACGACUUUACCUUGUACAAGGUGGCGGGGCCACGUGAUGUCACGGAGAGGAUGCGGCUGAUCUGCGUGUACGGCUUCUUCUUCGUGGUGUGCGUCCUCAACAUCCUCGACACGUGCUUCAGCUCAGCGUACAACAGAGACAAGGAGAAGACCAACUGAGGCAGUGGCUGGAAACACCAGCAUCAGUUGGAGGUAGUCAUCGAGUGGUCAGUUCAAGCGCUGUUUCCUGUGGUUCUGUUGGAGGUAGUCAUCGAGUGGUCAGUUCAAGCGCUGUUUACUGUGGUUCUGUUGGGUGUCGCUUGAUGACUUCCUCUAAAGAUGGGGAAGAAGAUAAUGGCUUCUCUCUGCUGCUGAGCCGCCUCAGUGAUCUGCUUGUAGAGCGUCUGCCCGGAGAGUGGAAGGUCGGGGGUUCGAUCCCCGGCCGCGUCAUACCGAAA